AUGCUUGUUUUGUUUUUAUUAAUUUCGAUCAAUACAACUCUAGGGGAGCUUUUAAUCAAAGAAAAUCAAGAAUCUACAGAAUCUUUCAAAAUCCAUUUUGGCGAACCAAAGAUAGUACUAAAUAUCCCUGAAGCUGAGGAUGCUGUUUUGGAAAGUUUUGAAAAAUUGAGUUUUUGUGAAGUAAAAUAAUAAACUGUUUAAACACAAACCUAAUAAUUUACCAUACUUAAGUCUGAUGAAUUUAAAGAUUAUGAAUUCGAGAAUGAUACUCCAUUAAAUUUUAGAUAGUUCAUUGGGAUGGUGCAUGUUAAUGAUGGAAUGAUUGCCAUUACUUCUGAUUCGGUAGCAUACUUAUUGAAAUUCAAUUAUGAUAAAGUAAUGAAUCAACAUGGUUUCGCGACGUAUGGAAAUGGCGGUGACUUUGCAGGUGUUAUUUGGAAGGCAAAUUUAUAGGAGAUUCUCUAAUCUGCUGAAGCAAAAUAAGAAUUGCCUUAGCUAGUUUAUUCAAAAACAAGGAAUCUUGCUUUCAUUUUGUUCACUGACACUGCUCAUUAUUUUAAUGUUUCGGAAAUGGAAACUAAUUAAAAUUAGCUUUCUAUAUAUCAAGUUUCCACUUUUAUAAGAAGAGAAGAAAGAGGACUAACAAAAGAAGUGGAAGGACAUCUAUUUUCAGCAGUAGGAAAGGCAGGCUUAGAUAUCUAUAGAAUUCUAGAGGAAUUAGUUGAAUAUCGAACAACUAUCACUUUCAAAGAUUUAGGUUUAUUUAAUCAUGAAUUGGAGUUAGCAGACUUUGCUGUCAUAUAAGUUGAAGAGAGAAAAUAUUAAUUGUAUUUGCUAGAUGCAAAAUUAGGUUUAGUUUUGGCCUAUAUGACUAUCAAUUAAGAUAAAAUAACUUUUGAAAGAGUGAUUGAUGUUGAACCAAUACCAAAUGGCAUAGCAGUUGAUACAAAAAAUGGAAAAAAUGUAUUCGCUGCUUUUGAGGAUAACGGGAUUCACUUUUAUAUUGAGUAUUUUGUGAGCUUUACAGAUAAAAGCUAUUCUAUUAUCACAAAAAGAUAUAGUAAUUAUAGAAUAUUAGAUGUUGAUGCAACAGAUGAAUUUGCAAUUAUAAGUGGUGUCAACAAUCACUAAAUAGUAUUUUAAAACGGUUAUGAUUUUAUCGCUCCUCACAAAGAGUUUAUAAGAUUUUCUUAAAUAGGCAUGAGAGAUUUUGAAUUUUUUAAAUAUUCUUAUUCAUAAGAUGAACUCAAAAAUGCUGCCAAAUCUGAUGAAUACUAAUAUGAUGAUUUCUUUUUUGGAGUUACUGCCACAAAUGCAUUUUUAACCAAAUUUAAGUUUGUUCCUGCUAGAGUAGUAUGUUUCACUGAUAAUAGUAAUUAUCUCUUAAUAUUUGUAGAAUAACUAUAAAAUGCAAAGUAAUUUUAUAGAUUACAAUUUAAUCAAUCAUAUGUUACAAAUAAUAUAGUAGCAUAAGAUAAAGUAAUUAGAACAACGAAACACUUUUCAGUCGAAGUCGUAACAACAUUUUUAUUUGAAUAGCAGAUUAACUUUAUUUAUUUAAUUCUAAUAAUUUUAGGAUUCGUGUCAUUUUUCUCUGUAAGUGCAAUUUGUUAUAAAUUUUAAUAAUUUAGGAAGGAGGAAAUAAGACUAGAUACCGAAAUAGAAAAUCAGUAAAAAUCGAAUGAAUCUCAUAAUCAAAUUAAAUUUGACGAAAGCCAAGUUAUUUAAGCUCCGUGA